AGUACUACCCUUAUUUGUAAAAGUCCUUUGAAAAAAUCUUAUCUAGACAAAACUAACAAAAUCUUUGGUCACGGUCCUCAUGCACUACUACUGUAUCACAAUGCUUAUCACGCCGGCGAAUCCAUGCGGUGGCACAGCCGGAUUAUUCGUUUUCGGACCAAAAACUCAACUGACUAAGAUACCCUCGUCCACAAACUUGAAUAGCCAUUUCACCGUGCCUCCUGUGGUGGCUUUGGCGGCGGAGAGAAGAGCAGCUUCGAAGGUGUUCCGGUAUUGUGCUAGGAGAAGGGUGAGAGACGACGUUGUAGGAGGUGAAGAUGAAGAUGAAGAGUACGGGUACAAUGAGGAGAUGGCGAUGCUGGAGGUUUAUAGCCAGUCGUGUAGAGAAGAAGCGCUUAUUGUGACGGCCAUUGUUGAUGACGAAGAAGUGGAAGUUAUCAUCUUUAAAGGAGUGUCGUCGUGCCUGAGCGGAGAAACGGCGGUGGAUCCGGCGAGGAGUGUGUUGCCGGAGAGAGCAGUGAUUAUAAAAAUUGAUAGAGUGAGAGGUCCUUUUGAUCCAUCACAGAUUCAUUAUAUUCAAAAGGGACUCUCUUUUCAAGCCUUCAAGGAGACCAGACUCCUCAACUCAUGAAUCACAGUAUUCAUAUUUGAUAUUUUGUUAUGGUCCAUGAAUGUUGAUGAAAAUUUCAAUAUCUCACCUCUGUUUCUGAACUAAUUUCAGGAUUUGCAACAAUCA